GAUUUGUGAUUAUCACUUUCAUUCUGAGUAAGUUUGAUAUUAAAUGACACUUUUUGAUGAUAUUGGGCCAAUUUACAGAUUUUUUUGUCUAGACACCAUUAAUGAUGCAGAAUGACAGGUGUAAUAUGUCUGUCAUCUAUGUGAUAAAAAAAAUUGUGGGAUGGUUUUUUUUAAAAGUGCACUAGACUAUCUUCAAUCAAUAUCUCUCAGGAUUAUUAGGAAACUAUUAUAAGGAUUUUUUUUAUUUUCAUUUUGAUUUUUUUUUGUAGACUGAAAAAAAAUUUGGCUUUAAUGGUGUGACUUUAAAGUAUUUAUCAUCUGCCAUGACCUCUGAAUUGUAUCUCAUGGAAUGGUUUGUGUCACAGAUCAUUUUAUGUGUGCCACAUCAUCACUGUCUUAGAAAAGCAUAACAAAAUGCCUAAUUUUACGUGCCAUAGGAACUUCUAAUAUGAAAAAUGGCUUGAAACAGUUAACAUUAACAAGUUGUGUGAAAGAUAUGAAAAGUAGAAGAUUGUGUUGAAGAUAAAUAAUUGUUAUCACCAUGCAAUUCAUUGCAAGAAGCGAUAUUGUAAUGUGACUGUUCCUGUGUGGGUGGGUAUUCACAUUGUGUACAACACUCAGCUUGUAGACACGUACUGUACAGGCCACAUUUUUUAUAUUUCACAUGUAGCUUUGUUAUUUAGAGAGGAAGAACCUGUAUAAUUUUGGAUCAAAAGGUCAAAGGUCAAGGUCUUUAUGGGACUUCACAGAAAAAGCUUGUAGACGCUCUACAGGACAUAUUUUUUGCUCGAUUAAUUUGAUACUUCACAUGUAGCUUUGUUAUCAAGAGAGGAAGAAUCCUAUUGAUUUUAUAGGGUCAAGAGGGCAAGGUAACUAUGGGACUCCAUAGAAAUAGCUUGACACUUAUUGAAAAAUAAAUGAAGAACUAAUUUAGUAAUGUAUGUUACUUUUCAAUGCUAAAUGUAUAAAAAAUAUUUUAAGAUCUUUUAAAAGAUUUUAUCAAAUUAUAGACAAGGAUUAAAACUUUGAACAAGUAAACAUUAAUUCAAAAUAAUUCUACUUGAAGAAAUUUAAGAAUUUACUAGCAAUAGUGAAUGAAAUAUAGGAAUUAUAGAAUCUUUGAAAUAUUUUUAGCAGAUUCCCAAAUGAUUAUAGUAAUGCUAAUAUUAAUGAUAAAACAAAGGCAAAUAAGCAUAAGAAAAGAAAGCAAACAAGUAAAAAAAUAGAUAAAAAAGGACUUUAUAAAUUUGAAUAUCCUACUGUUGAGUAUGUAAUACUUGUUUACACCAAGUCGCUUUUGAUUGAUCUCUCAUUCAGCCUUAUUUAAUGUACUUGGUUUGUUGACCCUCAAACAUCGAACAGAUUUACGUCUCAUUGAUUCUUGUCCAUUGGACAAAGGAGAAUUGGAAUGAAUAUGAUUUAUACUCACAUACAUAUUUUCUUUUAAGGGAUUGUGGUUUUUCACCUAGAGAAGGUCUCUGUGGGGUUUUACUACAGUCAUAUACAGGUCACUGGGCAUAUAAGGACAGCCCAGCACUUAAUGAUGUCAUGAACUUUGGUAUCUACAGGAUGAAAUGCAGUAAAAAUAUGCCAGAUUGACAGAUUAUUUCUGGCAGUGAUUCAAGGGACUAAUUUGAAGAAAAAAGAUGACAGGAAAUACAAUCAAUGGGUUUUCUUUUUCACAAUCCCCGAUUUUUCUUCUUUAAUUUUUGUGGCCUAAAAUAGAAGCAAUCCAAGGAAAAAUGUCUUGUUUACAUAAUGUCUGUUACAGACCUGGCAUGUACUUUUAAGUGCUUACCUUUCUGUGAAACGAGAGUGCAAAGCACUCAUUUAAAUCGAGGAUAAUUAGUGUUUUCGUAAAAUGGAAUUAUUACGGGCAGACACAGAUCUACUUAGUCCAAGCUCCAUGUUCACCAUAUGGUACAGGGCCAUCAAAGGUCUUCCUAAAUCCAAUGGUGCUAGCAAUAGCAACUGGAAUCUGAAGUGCUUAGUGUGUGGAGACCGCUCAUCUGGGAUCCACUAUGGAGUACUGGCCUGCGAAGGGUGCAAGGGUUUCUUCCGAAGAGCUCUACAGGAUAUCGGAGACCCAGCCCGCAAACGGUGCUAUUACAACAAAAGUUGUGACAUCACAAUCUUAACUCGCAAUCGAUGCCAAUACUGCCGCCUACAAAAAUGCUUGGCUCUGGGCAUGUCUCGUUCAGCUGCAAAACUUGGUCGAAGAUCUCGCAAGAUGAGAGAAAUGAUAAAAACUAUGGAGGACUCUCAAACCGAACAGGCACUGCAUGGUCUGCUGAGUUUGAACUCGGAGGCAGAGCGCCGCAUUGCUGCCACAGCAGAAGCAGCUGUCAAAGCUACUGAGAUUGGACCAGAAAAUCUCCACAAGGAUGCAGCACCACAGGCCUCAAUGGCUGCCCUGUCCAUUUUGCUCAAACAGAGGGCGCAGAGUCAACACUCGCCAGACCAAAAUCGAAAUUCUGUGGAAACCAACUGCUCAACAGAAGACAGCAACGACAGUCUGCCUAGGGUCCAUAUCAAACAGGAAAACCAUGAUGAGGAAUAUGUCUCUAGACCUUCAUCCAUUCAUGAAAUUAAUAAUGUUCCUGCCCACUCACAAAAUGGGGACCCAGCAGUGCGUAACUCAAUAGUCAGUUCUCUGUUGACUCUGCCCCAGCAUGUUGCAUUUAGAUAUUCACAUCCUCAACUCCUGCUACAAGGAGGAGACAACAAGGCAAAUCUGGAGGAGGCAUAUCCACAAUUUGUACAGAAUCUGGUCAGUCAUCACAGUGAGUUAGCUGCCCAGGAGAAUUUCCUGACCCAGCAGCAGUCAGUAAUUGUAGAAAACAUGACCCUUGACCUGCGUAAACACAACCGAGGAGAUGGACCUGAGGAGAAAUUCCAUAGAAGCCCUAUUAAAAAGCGACCAUACAAUCCUAAUGCUAGUACUGAUAUCUAUCCAGAACCAACCAAGUAUGCACGCACAGAAACAAUCUCAGAGAGGUCAGAUUCUCCAGAGUCCCCCCAGAAGCUGGUCAUUAACAUGGGGCAAGAUUACAGUAUGAAACAGUCCUCCCCACCCCCAAGAUCCCACCUCCCUCAUAGGGAGAGGGGCCUGGAUCACACUGCAGUUGUGGCACCCUUUGUAAAACCCAAUAUUUACAUUCACCGAGAGGAAGAUACGAAACUGACAAUUCCACUACUGACAUUCAAAAUUCAUGAAGCAUUUAACCAGACUUUUACAUUCCUGAAACUACAGCUUAACCAUAUGGAGGAAAUCCUGACUCUGCACAGAGACAGAUUGGCCCGCAUCGAUCAACUGUCGAUCAGCAACCCCCACACACUGAAGAGCAUCCUGUUCCCUGAAUUACAUGCUCAAUUAAGAAAUCCAGAUGGCACAAUUUGUGAGCCGGGAGAGGUCUGCUGGGAAGGGUUUCAAAGUCUUCUGAACAAAACAAUCCAGGAUACAGUGAUCUUUGCCAAGAAAAUCCCAGGAUUCCCUCACCUGGAUCAAGAUGAUCAAAUCAGCCUGAUCAAGGGUGGCUGCUUUGAAGUUGCAUGUGUGAUACACUCCAAAUUCAUUGACUCUGACACAAACACCAUGUUUGUGGCAGGCAAGAACAUUCUUGUAUGUCGUGAGGACAUGAAGCGAGGAUUUCCCCUCGGGGAACACUUUGUGGAACUCUUCUUCAACCUAUGUGUUCGGUUCAAUGCCUACAAGCUGGGUGAUGCAGAAAAAGCUCUGUUCAGUGCUUUGGUGCUCAUUUCACCAGAUCGUCAAGGCCUGAAGAACAGAGAAAAAGUAAGCAAGCUCCAGGAGUUACUCAUCCAAGCUCUGCAGACACAAAUUUCUGCAAGUCACCCUACUGAAGUUGGCUUAUUUCCACGACUUUUGAUGAGCAUCUCAAGUCUCCGUGAGCUGGGUGUUGAACAUCGUCGCAUGUUGGAGAGUCUCAAGCACCAAAUGAGUUUCCGUCAUGACCUUUAUGCAGAGACUUUUGAUCUCUGCUGAUUUUGGAGGAUCCAGGAUAUUUUCCAUUAAAAAAAAUGGAAAGAAGAGGACCCAUUUGUGAUAUGCUUGAUAAAUUUGUCAGCAAUUGCUUGUUAUGUUUAUGAUGCUUUUUUUUCUUCAAACAGGUCUGUUGACUGAAAUAUAGAUUGAUCCAUAACAAUCUGGUUAAGAUUAGAUGUUAGAUCAACUCACUGCACAAAUGUGUAUUGAGUAAGCAAGAUCUAAUAUCUAGUUUGUUUAAUCUAACUAAGGAAAGAGGACCCAUUGUGGACAUACCAGUUGAUUGAUGUCAAAUUAGUGCUUUGAAUCACUGUUCCAGGAUAUGAUUGGUCCACUUGUUCACUGGUUUUGUGAUAUAUUGUUGUUAACUUAUCUCUUAUUUAUUGCCUGUCUCUAAUGUAAGUUAUUAGAUUAUUUAUUUAUUAUAUCAUUAGUGGGUUUUUGUUUUUUUUUUGGGGUGACUUGAUCAAGAAAAAAGACAGACUGGUCUUUGUUUGUAUUGCACUGAUUUGAAGUAGAGAAUUGUGUAUUUUAUUUGUUUUGCCACUGUUAUAUUUUUGUCCAACUUUGUAAAGAAUACUAUUUAUUUAUGAAUUUUCAUGUGAACAUUGUCAAAUAGGUUUCAUUAAGUAUUUAUUUUACAGAAUCCUUAUUAAGGAAUUAUAUAUUGAGUAUUAUUUUAAUUUCAUAUCAAUUUUAUCAGAGAUGUCUGAAAAUGUUUUAUUGGUACAACAAAUGCCAUCUUGUUGUUAUGAUAUAAAGGUGCUAUAUUGUGGGAAGUUUUUGAAAAUAUGCUGAAGCACUUAAGCUUCUUAUAAAUGUUCAUUAUAAGAAAUGGCAUUUACAUUUAUGCUGUGUAUAAUGCUAUAUCUCAAUUUGACUUGGUGUGAAAACUUUGUUAGAGUUCAAGUAACGAAGCGUGCUGGAAUUGUACAAAGGAUACUGGAUACAUACACUCUUUUGUACAGUAGUUUUGUAGUACAUGUAAUUGCCUACUUGAUGGCUACAGUCCUUGCCAUUUAUGUAAUAUUAUAUCCCACAAUUCAUCAGAUAUCCCAUGAAUCAUCAGUGUAAGCAUUGAUAUGUAUGCUUACAUGCUCAAUGCAACUUAUUCAGCCAGAUAGUACCAUUUAACAUUCCAAAACCCAGCAUGCUAAUUGUGACACAAUGUUUUCCAGGAUUUUGUAGUUUUAGGGAGGUCAAGUAGACUUAUUCACCUGAACUUUGAUAGUGUUUGCUUUGGAGAAAAUUUCAAAUGACAUGUGGUAAAUCAUUUUCACAUAGCAUGUCACAUUUGUUUCAAUUCUAUUAAACUAUAUCUAUCUAUAUUAAACUGUAUCUACAUAUCAUCUACACUUGGUGAAUAUUCUGCAGACAUUUGCAAAGAAAGGUUUUCUUGAUCAGGUGAUAGGCAUGUCAGAAAUUCCUUUUAAGUUCAUAUUUUCUCCAAUAGGCACAUUGUUAUUGUGAGAGAGAUAAUCCAAAUGGAAAAUUAUUUUGCUUUAAAUUAGAAAAUGUUACAGUUAAUAGGUUGUAUUCUUGCUAUGGAAUAUUUUGUAACUUUGAUUUUUGCAAUGAUCAUGAAAUCUCAAAUGUGAAAUUAAAAUGCUGUAAUGGAGCAAACUGAAAAGAAACUAGAUUUAUGCAAGAACUUGUGACAGAAAUUUUCACAAGUUGUGUAUAAGGAAACAUGCUGUACCAUAGUGCUAAUACUAUUUUUUGUGCAUUGACAAGUUAGUGGUAAACUAUGGUUAAUUUUCAGUGUUAACCAUGAAAAUGUUAUGUGAAUACAUAUUACCAAACUUAUCUGUAUGAAUUUGUCAGUCAUGCAGGUUUUUUCGUCUGAAAAUGUGGAAAACUGCAUACAUGUUUCUUCUGACAUCGUAUUCAUAAACUAACUGUACAUAAAAUGGAGUUGUGGAACUUGUAUUUGUAAAUAGCAGUUUGAACUGAAGUGGUGCUUCUCGCAAAUAUUGCAGCAUUUUAAAGUUGUUAUGAUAAGGUUCUAUUUGGUGUCAGUUGGCACAUGUGUUAACCAAUUUUCUCUUUCUCUUUUCUCCAUGUAUGUAUAAACAAAUUUCUACUGUAACAUCUUUUGGUUGUCCGAAAUGCCCCUCUUCAGUUCGCAUCCAAUGCAAAUUGUUUAUCUCACUUAUGCAAAUUAGCAUCUGUACAUUGUACUUUUUCACCUUUUACUGUAUAAGAAUGGUUGCAAUAUCAGUGUUACAGAAUCAGCAUUCAGAUCCAGAGUAGAGGAGGUCUUUAUUUUCAGAUGUCAUUGUAUAUGACCAUGAUACAUUUUAUCUAAAACUUCUGAAGUUUUCAUAUUUUAAUUUUAUGCGUCUUUCACACCCUGCAAUAGAUAAUCUGUAUCCAUUGAUGUUGUUAGUGAUCUUGAUGUGUGCAUUGGUUUUUAAUUUCAACCCAAGUUUUUGGAAACUAGCAUCAGUUAUUUUUCUCAAAACUUCAGAGAAAGUAUGAGUAGAUUUAGGUUUAGUCUUUUGAAGAUUUGACUUAUAAUUGUUGAAUAUCUGACAAUUUCACCACACCACACUAGAAAAAACAUGAAAGAAAAUUGUAUGCUACAUUUAUAUGGAUCAGUAAAUCAUCGAUGAUCUGCUUAUCGGAAAUUUACCAAAGUCUUCUCAAAAGAUUACAGGGAAAGACUGUUGAUGUGUGUAGAUUUAAGAGAAAUCAUAGUAAUCACUAAACUCACAACAAAAAGUUUUUGAAAGAACAUCUCAUUUUAACUAUGUGAAGUAUAUUGGUCAUUUUUACCCGUUUGUGCUGUAUUGAUUUUUGUUAGAUGAUGAGAUUUUAUAAUGAAAACCAUUACCAGCAUGCUACUAUGUGUGUUAUGUGUUUAAAAUACUAUAUGUAGUUUGAGUGAUUGUGAUGUUUGCCCUCAUCAUGCAUUCAUAUUGAAAUGAGUAUACAACCCUUUGUAUUGUUAGUGAUCAAGAGAAUCAGACUAACUACUGUUUCAAACUGAACUGUGAAAUUUCUACAUUUCAAAUGAAGAAUCAUGAAAGUUUUAUUCUUAGAAUUUUCACCAAAAUCAUUAAUCAGUUUUAAUCCUAAAAUGGAAAUGGAUAGAAUUUUUUCUUCAUAAAGUAUGACUGCAGUUUCAAAAAAUUGUAGGUUUCAUAAUGCAUGUUCAUGUCAUCCAAUAUCGUCCCUGCUUUACGCUGUCAAACAGUGUCGUCUGCUGUCAUAAUGCACGCUUUGUCUAACUCACUUACCGUCAAAGACUGGAAACUUCCAUUUUGCAGUUUCAAACAUGUCUAGUAUCUACAAGGUUCAAAUUGGUGCUGGUAUUUAUUUUUUGUGUAUUUGAUAAAUUAGUGUUUCGUUGUGCUUUCCACGUUCAAGAAAUUUAACUGUUUGUGUCUACUGCACAUUGAAACCAAUAUUGGUGUUAAAUCUUAUUUGCUUUCUACAGUAGAUUUAGAGAGUUUGGAGUGCUUCUGAAUGUUGUCAUUUGUUUCAUCUAUUUAAUUCCAUUUCUAUUUUUAUACAUUGAAGUAUAAAUGUGAACCAUUGUUUGAUCAUGACAGUGAGGAUUUUUUUUUGUUUUUUUUUUUUAUUUUUUUUUUUGUUUUUUUUUUGCCUGAAAUAUUUAAUUUAUGCCAGACACAGGAAUAUAAGAAUGAAUAUUUUCAUGAUAAUCAAGUUUUUCAUCAACCAGGAUGAUGCAACUAAUAUUUCUAAUUUAAGAAUGAUUAGAUGACUUGCAAACAUAUUUUAUGCAUAUGCAGUAUUUAUCAAUGGCAAAAAUAUGUGUAUUCAACAAUAUAAUGAGUUGAAACAUUUUGUUUUAAAGCAUUAAUUGCUACAUUUAAUUUGUAUUUGAAACAAGACAAUCUCUGAAUGUUAUUUAUAUGUUGAUCAGAGUAACAAUUCUUUUUAAAUCCUUGUAAAUAACUAUUUUUUGAUUAGACAAUUUAAAAAAAAAUUUAAAGUGGGACAUCCUCAUUUCACUGGAGAGUAACUUGUGUUUGUCUUGAGUUUUGUAACAAAAAUAUUUAGAAAAUUUUGAAUUCAUUUUCCUGUAAAAAGUGGAAUGGUGUCCUCAUCUGUUCUUGUAUUUAUUAACUUUUUUUCCUUUUUAUACCCCUACAAACGAAAGGGGGGGGUUAUACUGGAAACACCUUGUUCAUCUGUCCAGACAUAAUUUGUGCAGAGUAUAUCUUUAACACCAAUGAACAGAUUUGAUUAAAAUUUCUUUAUAUUUUGAAUGAAUAAUGAAGUUGUGUACCUCCUAUUUUGAUUGAGAUUGCAAUUGGUCUGCUUCCGUCAUGCAUUAACAAUUGAACAUUUUUAAGUUCUUGAUAACUACCAUUCCAAUUCUUUCCAAUUUUGGUAUGAAGCAUCUUUGAAACAAGGGGAAUAUAAAUUGUAAAUUUCUGGACUACUGGGGCAGGACAAAAACUGUCAAAAAUUGACCAUUUGAAAAAAUCUUCUUUACAACCACACAUCUGUAAGAAAAAUUAAAUGCAUCGUGAUGUAGAGCAGGAAAGCCUCUACCAAAAAAAUUGUAAAUUUCAUGAUCCCUGGGUUAGAGGUUCUGACUUGGUAUAUAUAUGGUGUAUAUGUGUAAACAUGUAAAUAAAAUCUUCUUUAAUACUAUUGAUACAAAAUAGUUAUUCAGAAGGAGUAAGUAGUCCUUUACCAAAAUUGUAUAUUUCAUGAUCCAAGGGGAUAAGGGUUUUGUUACAGGGUUGAGCCAAAAUUAUUAUAGUGAUUAUUGUCUUUAUCAUUUGAAGGACUUCUUGAAGUUUAUUAAUACAGUAAAUAAACUAAAUGCAUAUUUAGGAAAAGCAGAAAAGGAUGUACCAUAAUUGUGAAUUUCGCAUUCCCAAGGUUUCAAAUCUAGGAUGGGUCCAACUUAGUGUUACAUAUAUUAUAUUAUGUAAAGCCUUUCAUCAGAAUAUGCACUUUCGAGGGCAUUUAAGUUUUAAUUACAAAUACUAUUGCUGAAUACAAUGUAUUAAAAUUUAGCUUAGAUAUUCAGAACAAGAAUUUUUUUUAUAGAUUUCAUAGCCCUUGGGACUAGUGAUACUUUUAACUAAUGCUCAGGUGACUGAUAAGGCCUGUGGGCCUCUUGUUAACAUUUAAGGAAGUUGUGGAUAUAUUUUUUUUCAUUUGGGUGUUGUUACUUGUCAUUGUCCAGAGUAUCUUAAAAACCAUUUAUUCUUCAAUGAGCACUAUUUUCCAAUGUGCUGGGGUGGGGGUAUUAGUCCUGUUUGGACAGUUGGGGGGGGGGGGGGGGGGGGUCAUACCUUGAGCGAUCUGAGGAUUAGGACAUGAAAGCUUUUAGUGGAUGCAUCUUGCUGUUAAAGGUGUUCUGAGAUCGAUUAAUGUCUUUAUCAGAUAAUGUUUAGCACAUAUGAAGUCUGAGCUCAGCAAAUUUUUGUCAUGGGUAGGAGGAUUGUUACUGUCAAAAAGUAGAUCACAAUGACAUUAUUAAUUUGAAUUAGCCAGAGUUUGUUUACCAGAAAUAAUUUAAUCUAUCUGUUGCAGUUUCUUAAAUCAGAGGAUGUGACAUCGUUAAGUGAAUUAAUUUUUAUUUGUAUUGUACAGUUUUAAAAUUGUGAUUUUAGUAAUUUCAGCAAAUCUACCUGUUAUGUAAUACUGUCAUUGUCAAAGAGAUUGUACUUAAUAGCAAUAGAACAUACUGAAUCUCAUUUUGUGUUCCUGGCAUAAAUUAUAAGCAUAGAUAAAUAAAAUUUGGUUCAUACCA